UACAAGAUCUGUAGAAAAGCUGAACAUGUUUUUUGUCUUUAAUCAUAAAAAGGAACAGCGAGAUUAAAUCCAAAGUUUUUGAAAGAACUCCCAAAAAAAAACCCAUGGAAACCAUAUUGGUAAUUUCGAUUACCGCUUUAUUUGCUAUUUUUGUAACAAAGAUCUUUCUCCAAGCAAGAAUCAGACCAAAAAAGUCAAAGGAAAAAAUCCUCCCGCCGUCGCCGGGCUUCUCUCUUCCGGUGGUCGGUCACCUCCAUCUCCUGAGACCGCCGCUGCUCCACCGGACCCUCCGGUCCAUCUCCGCCGCCGUCGGCCCUGUCUUCUCCCUCCGCCUCGGCUCCCGCCUCACCGUCGUAGUCUCCUCCGCCGCGGCCGCCGAGGAAUGCUUCCUUAAUGCGGAAAACGACGUCGUUCUUGCGAACCGGCCACGGUUCGUCCUGGGGAAGUAUCUCGCCUACGACUACCCCGCCAUGGUCACGGCUCCUUACGGCGACCACUGGCGCAACCUCCGCCGCGUCUGCGCCGGUGAGAUCCUUUCGGCUAAUCGCCUCAACGGGUCAAUGGAGAUCCGACAAGACGAAGUCAAGAGGCUUCUGCGGGAGCUGUACGGGCUCCCCGGUCAACGCCAGGCUAAGGUGGAGCUGCGGCCAUUGCUCAUGGGCCUAACCCUAAACGUGAUAACGAGAAUGGUGGCCGGAAAAAGAUACUAUGGUGAGGAAGACGCCGGCGAUGUGCAAAAAGCGGCGGAGUUCCGGGAACUAGUGGGUGAGGCUUACGAGUUCGCCGGAGCAACAAACCCGGCGGAUUUUCUACCGGCUUUACGGUGGUUCGAUUAUCAGAGCUUGGUACGGAGAUCCAAAAGGGUUGGAGAAAGGAUGGAUAUGUUCUUACAAGGUUUAUUGGAUGAACAUAUAGCAAAGAGAGGAACGUUAGAGGAGUUUAAGGAUACCAUGAUUGCCCAUUUACUCGAUUUGCGAGAUAAAGACCCGCAAUACUAUACCGAUAUCACCAUCAAGGGUCUUAUUUUGAUGAUGCUUACGGGAGGUACAGAUUCUUCCGCAUUGACGGUGGAAUGGGCAAUGUGUAAUUUGCUGAAUCAUCCUAAUGUGUUUGAGGCUAUCAAAGGUAAGAUCGAUUCUUACACAAGAUCUGGUCGUUUGAUAAAGGAAUCGGAUUUAUCGGACAUGAACUAUCUGAACAACGUUGUGUUGGAGACAUUGAGAUUGUACCCUCCAGCUCCACUACUCGUCCCUCAUUUCUCCUCCGACGAUUGUGCCGUCGGUGGGUAUGAAAUCCCGCGUGGCACGAUGGUAUUGGUCAAUGCAUGGGCCGUGCACCGGGAUUCGUGUGUGGGGGACGAUCCGGAGUCGUUUAGGCCGGAGAGGUUCGAGGGAAAAGAGGCGAGGGACUGUAAGAUGAUGCCGUUCGGGCUGGGAAGAAGGGCUUGUCCUGGGUCGGUUCUGGCUAACCGGGUUGUUGGGUUGGUGCUGGGUGCGAUGGUUCAGUGCUUUGAAUGGGAGAGCUGUUGCGGUGUGCCUGUCGACAUGACCGAAGGGAAAGGGCUCACCAUGCCUAAGGCCGACCCGCUUGUUGUCACGUGCAGACCACGUGACAUGGCACGUGAGCUGCUCAAUGUUGAGUGAAUGGCAUCUCUAUGUUGUAUGACUGUUGUAUUGGUAAUGAAGAGUUGUGUUUAUACUUAAAAAGAAAGCUUGUAAUAAUACUAUAUAAGGAUGGAAAAGAGUGAUAAUAAUGUGUAAAUAAAAAAAAAAUUGAAUAGCCUCACCAUCAUUCUAUAAUAUGGAUAUAUGUGUUGCAUACAAAUGAUGAAAAAUAUAGGU